UCCUCUGCAGCCAAUCAGAUCCAGCCUUCAAAUUAUGAGCUCCUUGAUUUCUCUAUGCACCAAUCUGUAAGCUCCAAUCAGGCGCCGGCUCCGCCUCUGCCGCAGCUGGCCAAUCCAGCAGCGCAGGUGGGUAAUGCUCCCGGUUCCGGUUUCUACCUGCAGGUAACCAAAGAUGCCCAGCAGGGUACGCAAGGAGAGGGCGACGCUACCGCCACACCGGAGCGCGCCCAUCUACCGAGCGUGCCCACGGGUGUUGCCCAGCCAUCCGCCGCAGCCUCCGCUCAGCAGCCCCUCCCACGGACAUCCUCAGCCACAGCCAUGCCCUCAGCAGUGCCCGCAGUGGUGCCAGUGGCCGUGCCCACCCCUCUCCCUGAACCUUACCCUGUCAUGCCUCCUCCAGCCAUGCCUCCUCCCUCUAUGCUUCCUCCUUCUAUGUAUCCUCCUCCUGCUGUUGCUGCCCCCCCUGGAGGCCCUCUUCCCCUGCCCCAUCCCCAACCCCAACCCUCACCCCACGGCGACCCUGCCCGUCCUCCAUCGGUGGCGGGAGGAGUUCCACCCUAUGGGGCUCCCCUUCCUCCUCCAGGGCCCGGCCCCGCAGGGUACUAUGGCGCCGGCUACCCAGAGUAUUACGACGGCAGAGCACCAUACAUGCCAACCUAUCCGGUGCAGGACCCCCGAGCCCAGCCAUAUCAACAGGAUGACCCAUAUCGCAGGGCUGACCCGCGGUACAAUCGGUAUGAGGCCGAGAGGCAACCUGAAAGACCCAGCUCCCGCUCAAGCCAGUACUCAGAGAGGUCGCACUCCAGCCGACAGGGCUAUGAAGACUACCAGCCCCCCGCUCGUACUGCCCAAGAUGAUUACUAUGCAGAUUACUACAAGAAGCAGUAUGAUUAUGGAGCAGCACAAGCAGCAGCAGCAGCAGCAGCAGCCUCAGCAGCAGCAGAUCGGAGUCGUUGGUAUGAUCCCAAUGCCGCCGGCUAUGACCCUCGCUACAGGGCAUACUAUGAUCAGGCCUCCUAUAACUGGUACAACUACAACCCCGAGGCCUAUCGCAGAGGAGAAGCUCCGAACUACAGCUACCCCUACGGUCAACAGUACGUGAACAGGCGGGAGGGUUAUGACGACCCAUAUCGUUACUACCCCGGUUACGACAUGAGCUUUGAAGAGGACUACCGGCGGCAGCGCGACCCCUACGCCGACGAGUUCGACCGCCGGAGCGUAGGCAGCGAGCGCUCCUCCCACAGCGUGCACUCGCACAGCGAGCACACCCACAGCCGCCGAAACAGCUUCAGCUCACACUCGCAGCAGAGUCAGGUGUACAGGAGCCAACCUGACCUGGUUGCCGCGGCCUACGACCCAACAGCGUCAGGCUUGCCCCUGGACUACUCCAGCUACAGUCAGUAUCCCACGCAGCAGGAGUACACCGACACAAACAGCUGGCCAGCCGUGGAGCAACCACCCCCACGACCUCUGACACCAGAGAAGUUCUGUGUCCCCCAUCGCUGCGCGCGGUUUGGUGCCGCCGGUCAGCUGAUCAUCGUCCAGCCCAACAUGCCUUCCGCUGGGCAGCCGGCCCUUAUUGAAGUGCACAACAUGGAGGUAAACAUGACCUCUGACCCUCUUCAUCCCUUGCUGAGCUCAUGAUCUUGUUAACGGUUG